CAGAAGCGGUGAGGAGAAAUGUUUAGCGAAGAGGAGCUACGCGAUAUGAGCGUGUUGCAGAGAGGAGAUGACUUUGUGGAGGUUGUGUGUGGAUGCACCAGUCGUAGACAUGGCGAUGCUGGUGCUAGACUUAGGAUUUUCAAGUCCGGUGAACUCAAAAUUGCUUGCGAAUGUUACCAUGGCUGCCCUGAAGAUAAUCUUAGUCCAUUUGCAUUUGAGAAACAUGCUGGAAAAGAGAAUAACAGAUGGAAACAUAAUAUUUGGGUCUUUAUUGAUGGUUAUAAAGUUCCAUUGAUAAAGACUACACUACUGAAAUUCUACAACAUGUCUCCAAAGAAUGCCAAGAGGCCACAUAAACUUGUUCUUCAUCGUGAUGAAUUUAUCAAAUGUACUAAGUGUAGUAAAAGACGUAGGUUUUAUCGCCGCUCUAAGAAUGAAUGCAGGAGCUACCAUGAUGCAUUGGCCAAUGCUAAUUUUCAGUGCUCAGAUAUUCCUUUUGACAAAUUUUCAUGUGAUGAUGCUGAAGAGCGAGCUAGUCGAAGGGCGUGCAAGGGAUGUUUGCGUUCACCAACAUGUGGAGGUUGCACUUCAUGUGUGUGCUUUGGAUGUGAAGUGUGUUGCUUCUCAGAUUGCGAUUGCCAGACUUGCAUUGACUUCAGAGAGAAUACAAAUGCUUGAAGAGUAUUUUGUGUCAU